CCCCAGAUAUAUCUUCCUCACACCACCUGAGUCCUCUCCAAGGGACACAUCUCAGCUCUGAGAGGACAUGGACAGGAGCACAGAAAGGGGGACUGAGGGAGGGAGAGGUGGAGAGGAGAGUAGAGACCAGAGCAGGUACCUGGGGUGUCUCAGGAAGAAACAGUUAAUCAUGGUGUGUGUGUGCGCUGGAAUACUGCUGGUCCUCUUCACCAUCGUCACCGCGGUGGUCGUCACGCAGAACUCAGGUCCUCAUCCUCUCCAUUGGUUUUCUACUGGUGGAGACAUGUUGGACUUCCUGGUUCAGACGGGUGACAUCACGGAGAAAGACGCGCUAUUGGCCACCUGGUAUCACCGAGCCAACAACCAAUCAGAGAUGAAUACGGCACUGAGAAGUGACAUCAUGAUUCUGGAGGCGGAUGUGACAGUUCAAGGUCUGAACACAGCCAAUGAGACGACACUACCCAUCAUGGCCCACCCCCCUCACGUCUACAGCGACAACACUCUGAACCAAUGGCUGGACGCCGUGCUGAAAUCCAGGAAAGGGGUGAAGCUGGACUUUAAGAGUCUGAAGGCAGUGGGUCCAUCUCUGGACUUGCUUAAGGAAAAGAACCGGACCUCAGGGCUCAACAGGCCCAUCUGGAUCAACGCAGACAUACUUCAUGGUCCCAACGUACCCGGGUUCUACCCUGUGGUGAACGGGUCCAGCUUCCUGUCCCUGGUCCAGCAGAAGUUUCCGGAGGUGACCCUUUCUCCAGGGUGGGCCGUGUUGUAUGUUCCUCAGUUCCCCAACGUCACCUACACUCAAGCCAUGGUGGAGAAGAUGUACGACAUCAUCAGGCUGGCCCCUCAGCCAAUCACCUUCCCCAUCUACGUCCUCAUGGCCAGGAGUGGCUGGCCUCACAUCGCAUGGCUGCUCAGCCAAUCUCCACGGUUCAGCCUGACCCUGUGGCAGGGCAACGUGAACCCUAGUGUGGAGGAUCUGCUCUUCAUCAGAGACAACAGCCACCCUCGCAGAGUCUACUACGACAUCUACGAACCCAUCCUUUCUAAUUUCAAACAGGCCGCCAAUCAGAGGGGGAGGGUGCGGAGGUUCUAUCCUGGAGGAGACCUGCAUGACUACUUCCUGUCCAAACACAGAGAUGGGCGGGACAUCCUGUGGCACAACGUCAGAGACUCCGCCUCCCUGGAGUCUCUACUGGCAGGCGACCAUGGUGGAAUGCUGGUGAUCACGGUGGGUUUCGUUCCGGAACAACCCGGUGUCCCGGUUCUGGAAGGUUCCGGUUCCGCCCCAGUGUUCUCCCUCUGGGCCUGUCUGGACAGGGUUCUCUCCUCCUCCGGGCUCUGGGGGUUCUACCUUCGGGUCGGGAACCGGGAUGUUCUGGAAGGUUCUCUGCGUGUGCUGAGCGAGCUGUAUGACAGGAACCGUCUGUACCGCCCGGUCUGGGUCAACAUGGCGCUGUCGCAGGGCUGUUUCUCCACACAGGGCUACAUCUCUGGUGAGGCCUACCUCGCCACCGUCAACCAGGUGUUUUCCCACAUCACCCUGGCCCCCAGCUGGCCCCCUGAGGCUCUGGAAGAGGGGUACACCACACCCCUGGUCCGCGACAUGGAGGUGCUGCUGGAGGGGGCGUGGCAGGGCGUGGCUCUGCAGGUGGGGGCGGAGCCUCUUGGGAGGUCAGGGAAGGGGCUAAAGGGGCUGCAGAGUAAGUAUUCACUGAUAGUAGAGGAGGGGGUGGAGAGAGGCAGGAUUAUAGAGGAAGAGGGAAAAGAACAAAUUGUGAGGACUUUACGUCAGGUCAGCAGAAAGAGGCGGGUCUACUGCACUCCUGACCAAUACAGGACCAGGAUCUACAUGGACAUGGACCAAUCAUAAACGGCUCUGAAGUUUUAUUGGAUGAACUCAUGAUUUAACAAUUAAUGGAUGAAUGGAUGAUUUAGUGAUAUGUCUUCAUAUUAUGUUAUGUGAUAUGUAUUAUGUGUUACAUACUGUACAUAAACAAUAUAAUGUUCAGAACCUAAUUAAAUAUACCAAAACGUAACCAAUACCAACUACUGUUUCAUUAAAAAAAAAAUCU